CUUUUAAUGCUAAUAAUGCACUUCAAUUAUACCCUUUUUCCAUUAUUCAUCAUUCUUUACUGCUACCAACUUACUAUUAUCUUCCCUUCACAUUAAAAUACUUAAUUUACCUUAAACAUCAAACAUUCAAACUUAAUACACUACUCAUAGGAAUUAAGUGUUUGUAAAAUGCCCUUUUGGCAAACCAACAAUGCUGCUACCUCUACUUCCACCUCGUCUUCUUCAUCAUCUACAACUACUUCUUCCAGUUCUAUGAGUAGUAACAGUAGUAUUAAUGGCACCCAACAAACUCACUUGACUACUCAUGAGGUUGUAGGAGAAAGAUCCUCACUUUUUUCUACUACCAAUACGAUGUCUCUUGUCGCCAAGUCUUUAUUGCCUACUCGAAGAAAACUCAGGCUCGAUCCUCCUAACAAACUAUAUUUUCCUUAUGAACCUGGUAAACAAGUGAGGAGCGCCAUUGGCAUAAAAAACAUCUCAAAAUCUCAUGUUGCUUUCAAGUUCCAAACAACUGCACCAAAGAGCUGUUACAUGCGACCUCCUGGAGGAAUACUUGGUCCCGGUGAAAGUAUUAUUGCAACUGUGUUCAAAUUUGUGGAGCCUCCUGAGAACAAUGAGAGAGCAUUGGAUCAGAAGAGCAGAGUGAAGUUCAAGAUAAUGAGCUUAAAAGUGAAAGGAGAAAUGGAAUAUGUGCCUGAAAUGUUUGAUGAGCAGAAAGAGCAAGUCACAGUGGAGCAAAUAUCGCGGGUCAUUUUCGUUGAUCCAGAAAGCGAUAACCCUGCACUAGAGAAAGUAAAGCGACAAUUGGCUGAAGCUGAAGCAGAGCUUGAGGCACGCAAAAAGCCUCCUGAAGCCAGUGUUGUGGGAGAAGAGGGUGUCAUUGAUGAAUGGAAAGAGAGAAGGGUGAGAUACCUGGCCAGACAGCAGAUUCAAGUGGACUCUCUGUAAAAAGAAGAAAAAGUUGAUGUGUUUUUGAGAAAGUUUUGAUUAAAGUGUUGUUGUAUGUUUUAGAUUUGGAUUUGGAUUUGGAUUUGGUGUUAUGCUCCACUGCUAGUAAGUAAAUUAAUAAUAACACUCGAGUUGUGUGAUUAUAUUAAUAUUAAUAUUAAAAGGUAUGUUGUGUUUGAGCUGUGA